AUGUAAGAAUUAUCACUUAAUAAAAUAUAACAAGAAAUUCCUUAAAUUCGAUAUCGAAGACCAAAUUAUCAAAUUCCUAUUCUAAAUAGAAUUUCAAAUGAAAUCAAAUCUAUUCAAUUUCCAAACAAAACUAUAUUUCAAAAUAAACUCAACGAACAUAAAUAAAUAAAACCUUUAAAAUUUAUACCAUAUACUCCUAUAUCUCUAUAAUAAAUCAAAUAGAUACCGUAUAAGUAUUCCAAAAGAAUUACUUCUAAAAAGAUUAGUGAAUAAGAUCAUUUAGAUUUUGAAAGCUCCUCCAGAUAAUUAUAAUUGUUUUUAGAAUAAGAAAAAAACUAAUUAAAAUCUGAAAAAUACAUCUAGGCUUUACUUGAAUGUGUACGAAUGCCUUCUAUAAACACUGAAAUUUAUAAGAAUAAUAAAUAAACUAUUGAUAGUUUACUACAAUCAUAAAUUGGUUCUAGCGUCAGAAUGAAUACUUUAAAACCUCUUUUAUUUAAUAGAAAAAGAUCAAAAUCCUAUGAUAUCUUUGAUAAGAACUCAUAAUAGAAUUACGAUUCUCUCGACUUAUAACAACAUUAGAUCCUUUGA